ACAGCUUCAAGGUAGUAAUUAAUUAAGCCUCAAAUUCAUACAAUAUAAUGGGGCUGAGGGCUAUUCCCUUUUCACCUUCUCAAAAUUACUAUUUGAGUGGUUCAGAAUAUUUCCCCAAAUGCAGUAUUCUUCGUAGCAGCAGAAUUUGCUCAUCAAAACUAGUAGCAAUUUCAGCAAAGGCUAAAAAAGAGGAUACACAAGAAGAAGAACCAAAAAAUAAGAGGAAACAAUCUUUGUUUUCAAGUGUAACUGAAGCUCUUGAUUUUUCCCAAGUUAGAUCUUCAAAGGACGCUGAGCUUCUUGAUGAAGCAAGAGAAAAAACACAAUCCGGAGAGAGAAUGUCUAGAGAACAGUAUGGAGCUCUGAGAAGGAAGAUUGGUGGGACAUACAAAGAUUUCUUCAAGUCCUACGUUGAGGUGGAUGGACAAUAUGUGGAGGAGGGAUGGGUAGACAAAACGUGCAAGGUUUGCAAGAAAGAUACGAGUGGAGAAGCAAGGCAAGUUGACAAAUUGGGAAGAUAUGCGCACGUAGCUUGCCUAGAAAAAUCCAACUCUGGAAAUUUCUUCACCAAGCUCUUCUCAAGAUGAAUUUUGUAGUAUAUAUCUUUAGGGCUAAUUAGUAGUACUAUUUCCUCCUCUUAUAUAUGAACUCAUAAGAAUAUAACAGCCUUGGCCAUUUUGUGUUUCUCUUUUUUUCUUGACUCAAUCAUGAAUGUUAUUAAUU